UCAACGCAUCGACAAGCAGACACCCCAGACAAGCGACAGACAGCAAGAAGCCAAAGCUCACCAUGUCCUCUCCACCCCAAAUCACAUCAAGAAGCCCCCUCCCACCUCCCUCCCCCCCCAAAGCCGUGGAUCCACCACAUCACGCUCGACACUCUCCUCCGCGUCCUCCGCAACACCCUUCUCAGCCCAUUCAUCGCCUGGGUCAUAGUCCUCUGCCUCCGUGCCCAAGUCACCCCCCCAACAGACCCAGCAUUCAUUAUCGCCGUCUCAUACGCCUCGGCCCUGACGCUGCUCUUCGCUGCGCGAAGCAUCAAUCACCGUGUCGCGCACGGCACCCCGCGCACGGUGGAUUCUAGCAGUGAGGUGGUCCUAGUCACGGGCGGCGCGAGCGGGCUGGGGCAGUUGAUUGCGCAGAUAUAUGGCAUGAAGGGGGCGAGUGUGGCGGUGUUGGAUAUUAAGGAAAUCAGCGCGAAAGAACAGGAUGAGGGAUUUGGGGCCGAUGUGCGGUACUUCCAGUGUGAUGUUGGGGAUCGGGACGCGCUCGAGGGCGUGAAAUUCAAGAUUAAAGAGGAACUGGGCACUCCGACUAUCAUUAUCAACUGCGCCGCGGCUCGAAUCAACGGCCAUUCUCUUCUGGACUUGCCAGCAGAAGCAUUUGAAAAGACGAUGCGCACCAAUCUUAUGGCAGCGUUCUAUCUCUACCAGGUUUUCCUGCCAGGUAUCAUCGCAGAAGCAGAGAAUGGAGGCACCGUUGUUACUGUCAGCUCGGUGGUAGGCCAGUUGUCCCCAGCAGGGUUGUCGGACUACUCCGCAAGCAAAGCAGGACUUAGUGCACUGCACCGGACAAUGGAAGCCGAGUUGCGUGAUAACGAGCGGAUCAAGAUGUUGCUGGUGGAAACGGGGCAAAUGAUGACACCGCUGUUUGACUGGCUCCGUACCCCGAACCAUUUCUUUGCUCCUGUUCUAGAGCCAGUCGAGGUCGCGCGAGAAAUUGUGGCUGCUGUGGACAGCGGCCGCGGCGGCGUGCUCAGGUUGCCCACGUUUGCGAAGCUGGUCAAUUGGUAUGCUGUGUUGCCGGGUGCGAUUCAGCGUGUAGCACGGUAUCUGAGUGAAAUCGACAGUGCUGUGUUUUCGAGCCUUCCUGAACGCGACGCUGGGAGCGAGCACAGGUAUCCACUCAGGCCGACCAAGAAGGAGAACUAG